AUGACCGCAACCGAGCCGAACCACAUGAGGAGCACGUGGGUGCAGAGUGUGGCAUCUACUGUUGCCGCCCUCUCGGUGUUGGUGUGUGCAUCAGUCACGGCGCCUCUCGACGCCGCCGCAGCUUCGGCGAGCGGUCAGCAGCCUGUUGUCGAGGCCCUCGUGCAACUUGCCGACGAGGAAGUUGACUGGACAAAGCUGCUCCCAGACCCUGGUCAAGCUCCCGGUGCGAGUAUGAUCAUCACGGCUAGCAAGGAGAGGGGUGGCAAGCCUUCCCUCGGAGCGAGCGUGGCGAUGGACCGACUCAAGUUUCCCGUCAUGAUGCAGCUGUUUCCUAGAAACGCCGUUGGAGGGGCGAGCUGGCCGGGCGAUUUUGAGGAGCAGGGUACAUACUCCGUUGAGGUGCGCGGUGUAUUCCAGCUCAACCAUUGUUUUUUCCUUUAG